AGAAGACAAAGGGAGAGGUUCUCAUCUUUAUCCCUUUCUCUUUCUCUUCUGGGAAGUGCUCUCUCCUCUCCAUCCUUUCUACAAUUGUCGACCAGUCCACACAUCAAAAAGGGUGGGCGGCCAGAAAGCUCGAUGCAUAGAGAAGCUUCACCAACUCCGACUCUCCCAUCUCAUCGCUUAUCCUCCUUCCUUUAUUUCACCUCCUUCGCUCUUCUCGACUGGCCUCUUCUUGCACUCUGAAAAAAGAAAAAAAGGUUUUUUUUUUUGUUUCAAGUUUCCUUCCGUGUUUUCCUUGCACAGUUCUAUGUUCUUCGCUACCUUCGCCGCCGGCAGCAUGAAGGACGAACCUUUUCAGCGUCACUAUCUCCACCACCACCUCCAGCAGCAGCAGCAGCAGCUGCAGCAGAGGAGUGUUUCUGAUGAAGUAGACAGCAGCAGGAGCAGCGGCGAGACCAAGAGGAUAAAGGUCGACGAGCCAAAGGAGCAGGCAGCGGCGGAGGGGUCGACGAUCGAGGUGGCCAAGAGGCCGCGGGGGAGGCCGCCGGGCUCCAAGAACAAGCCUAAGAUCCCCGUGGUCAUCACGCGCGACGCGGAGCCGUCCUCCGCCAUGCGCCCUCACGUCCUCGAGAUCCCCUCCGGACACGACGUCGUCGACUCGCUGGCCGCCUUCUCCCGCCGCCGCAACCUCGGCGUCUGCGUCAUCUCCGGCACCGGCGCCGUCGCCAACGUGACCCUCCGCCAGCCCCAGUUCAGCGGAUCCGCGUCGGCCGCCACGAUCGCUUUCCGCGGCCGCUUCGAGAUCCUCUCCAUCUCGGCCACGUUCCUACCGCUAGCGAUGGCAGCGCUAUCGUCCGCCGGAACGGGCGGGGGCCUCUCGAUCUCUCUAGCGGGGCCGCAGGGUCAGGUGGUGGGCGGAAUCGUGACGGGGCCGCUGGUGGCCGCGGGGACGGUGGUAAUAGUAGCGGCCGCAUUCACCAAGCCGACCUUCCACCAUCUCCCGGCGGGAGACGAUGCGUCAGUCUCCGUGUCGGUCUCCGGCGACGGCAGCAGAGGCGACAUGGAGGAGCGCGAGCAGCAGAUGCACGCCCAGCGGCGCCACCAAGGGCCGGCGGACGGGGUCUCGGCCGCAAUGACUUCCGAGCCGACCGGCCUCUCGGUCUACAGGAGCCACGCAGCGUCGGACGUGAUUUGGGCGCCCAUGGCUCGCCCGCCGCAACCUCCCCCAUUCUGAUGCAUAAUUGAAGCUUCCAGUUUUCCUACUUCGUCAUCUUCAAUUCGAUAUUAUUAUUAUUAUUGUUUCGAGUUCUUACAGUGUCUCUGUUCGCAUAAAUGUCUGAACCACCACUCUCCAAUGCUUGCUCUCCGGCCGAUCAAUUAAGAAAACUCGUCUUUUUUCUGUAA